UCUCUUAGCCAAAAGUCAGCGCCUUCUUUUGUCUCUCUCUUCUCUCUCUCUCUCUCUCUCUCUCUCUCUGAAGAAAAGAGAAAAAAAGUUUUUGCAGCAAACAGAGAGAAGCACGCAGAAGAGACAGCAUCUUCAGAAAUUGCAGACGCCUUUGUCUCUCUCAAAUGGAGAUGGAGCUUGAUUGGGAUCUCCAUGCGGUGGUUCGAGGCUGCUCCACCCUCACCUCUUCAUCUUCAUCUUCUUCUUCUUCCUCAUCCUCUUCUGGGUUCGGUUACUUUUACUCUCAAGCUUCUCCUUCUUCUGUCCUUGACACUGAAGACCAACACCAACAACAAGGAAUUACCAACAAUGUUAUGUCUUUUUCUGCUGCUUCAUAUUCAUACCCCUUUGGACCAAGGACCGCCAUUGAAGAGUUGCAUGAGCUUUGCAAGCCUUUCUUUACAAAAUCACUCCCUCAACAACAACAAUCAUUGCAAGCUUCUUCUCCUUUGUCUUCAUUCUCUGUAGCACCACCACCACCACCACCAAAACCUGUUCAUGCACAAGAGAAGCAACAGAGAAGCAACACCAACAAGCAUCCUCACCCUGGUGGUGAUUCUGUCAACACCCCAAGAUCUAAAAGAAGGAAGAACCAGCUCAAGAGAGUUUGUCAGGUACCAGUUGAGAAUCUCUCAUCAGACAUAUGGGCAUGGAGGAAAUAUGGACAGAAACCCAUAAAGGGGUCACCAUAUCCAAGGGGAUACUAUAGAUGUAGCAGCUCAAAGGGAUGUUUGGCAAGGAAACAAGUUGAAAGGAACAGAACGGAUCCAACAAUGUUCAUAGUAACCUACACAGCAGAACACAACCACCCUGCUCCAACUCACAGGAACUCCCUUGCCGGAUCGACGCGCCAAAAGCCGUUGACACCUCAGGCAGCUGCGGCCACCACCACCAACGGUGGAGAAUCUGAUGAGAAGGCCUUGACACCAACGAAAUCGGCUUCGCCUGAUAUCUCAGUUGCGGAAGAAGAGGCUUUACCACAACAUUGUGAAAAGUCAUCAGUGAGCAGAGAAGAGAAGGAAGAGGAUUUGGCUGAUGAUGAUGAUGAUGAGUUUGGUUUAUCUGAUAUGGUGAUACCUGAUGAUUUCUUUGAUAGUUUUGAUGAACUGAAAGAGAUCACUGGUAUUGAUGAUGAUGGAAUUAGAGGAGAUAAUUUCUUUGUUGAUCCCUUUUCAGCCAUUGCUAUGCCUUCUUGGGUUGCCAAUAGUGCUGCCACUGCUGCUGGUGGUAGCUGAUUCAUUUGGCCAAAAGUUUUAAACAAUUGAUGAUUAAUGUUGCAUUGUUUAUGUGAUUUUGAAGAAUCAUAGAAGAUUGCAAUUGAUGCAAAUGUAGUCGAUAUCACAACAACAAUACCGAAGGUUUUAUAUUGCGAUUGCAGUUCGGCAAUUUUGGACAACAGGAGAAAUUGUCCAAAAUCGCAGAAAAUAUGCAAUCGCAAUACGAAAUGGCCGAGGACAAGAAGAAAUUAGAAACUCUAUCACAAUUCACAAGUGACCAUUGUUUUCAUGCUUUUUCAUUUGUAGAGAAUAGGAAUUGGAAGAUUUUGGAGGAAUCUUUAGUUCUUUACUAACAAUGCCUUGUGAAGGAAACUUUAGGUGUAGUAGUAACUAAGUUAGGUUUAAGCAUGUUUAUAUAAUUUUGUUAAUCUUGUUAAAAAAAUUAAUGAUUAUUUAGGGAUUCAUAGUUUGCAUA